UUAUCUCUGGCUCUGUUGAACCCAUGGGAGAUGAAAGUCCAGGCGGGUGCCUGGAGUUGGAAGCAGCAGCCAGGGUGCGUCCCAGAGCCGCCGGCCCGGAGCCCCGGCCCCUCACCAUGGACAUUCUCGAGACGGACGCCCGCUACCGCCGGAACAUUGCGGCUGAUGCCAAGAGCCGCCGCCUCAAGCUACUGCCGUUCCUGGCCGCCUGCGGCCUGUACUUCGCCCUGCUGCUGCCUGAGCCCAGCUGGGUCAGCGCCGGCGUCAAGAGCCUCCCGGUCCUGAGUCUGGUCUUCUUCCUGACGGCCCAGGCCUGGGGUGACGGCGCCUGGACCCCGGCCGCCCGCCGGGUCUGCUGGGGGCUGAUGUUCUCCAGCAUGGGAGACGCCUCCCUGGUCUGGCCUCAACUAUUCCUCCUAG